AUGGACCACAUCGCCGAUGCACAACGCACCGAUUUGAUGACCAUAACCCGUUUCGUUCUCAACGAACAAUCAAAGCACCCUGAGUCACGCGGCGAUUUCAGCAUCUUGCUCAGUCACAUUGUUCUUGGAUGCAAAUUCGUUUGUUCUGCUGUUAAUAAGGCUGGUCUUGCUAAGCUCAUUGGACUUGCUGGAGAGACUAAUGUGCAGGGUGAAGAACAGAAGAAGCUGGAUGUUCUUUCCAAUGAUGUGUUCAUCAAGGCUUUGAAAAGCAGUGGCAGAACAUGCAUCUUGGUUUCUGAAGAAGAUGAGGAGGCAAUAUUUGUGGAUCCCUCGCAACGUGGAAAGUACUGUGUUGUUUUUGAUCCAUUGGAUGGCUCCUCCAACAUUGAUUGUGGUGUUUCCAUUGGAACUAUUUUUGGGAUUUAUAUGAUGAAAGAUAACCAUGAACCAGUCAUAGAAGAUGUCCUGCAACCUGGGAAGAACAUGUUGGCAGCUGGUUAUUGCAUGUAUGGAAGCUCUUGCACGCUUGUGAUAAGCACUGGAAGUGGUGUUAAUGGUUUCACCCUUGACCCUUCUCUCGGUGAAUUCAUCCUAACUCACCCUGACAUUAAGAUCCCAAAGAAAGGUAAGAUUUAUUCAGUGAAUGAAGGGAAUGCCAAGAAUUGGGAUGGCCCUACUGCCGCUUAUGUGGAGAAAUGCAAGUUCCCCACAGAUGGUUCAUCAGCAAAGUCUCUAAGAUAUAUUGGAAGUAUGGUAGCUGAUGUUCAUCGCACAUUGCUUUAUGGAGGUGUCUUUUUGUACCCUGCUGACAAAAAGAGUCCAAGUGGAAAACUUCGUGUAUUGUAUGAAGUCUUCCCAAUGUCCUUCUUGUUGGAACAGGCCGGAGGACAGUCUUUCACCGGCAAGCAAAGGGCACUUGAUUUAAUUCCAACAAAACUUCAUGAACGGUCUCCGAUAUUUCUUGGUAGCUAUGACGAUAUUGAAGAAAUCAAAGCUCUGUAUGCUGCAGAAGAGGAAACAAAAUGUGAAGGAUAUUAA